AUGGAGGCUUUCUUUUCAAAACUUAUGAGUAACACUUCUGGGACAUUAAAUGCGUUGCCAAAUCUUGUUCGGUUUGACCCUGAUGAUGUUGAUGCAGAUAUAGAAGGUUGGAACAAUGUAAAUGAAAUAAUUGUCAGAAGCAAACGCUUGGAUGGUACUGAUUUGUUAUUAGCGCUCACGCGUGCGCUACGUGGACGCACUGCAUCGGUCUUAAUGAAGCUGAAGUCAGAUCAAAUUACUUGGAAUUACGUUAAAGAUCUUCUUCUUUCAAAGUUUUCUAAACCGAUGAUGACGCAGGAUUAUUUUGAUCGUAUACUGAAAUUUCAAAUAAACCAAAAAGAGACCGCAGCUGAUGCAGCUGUUCGCCUCUGGGGAUUGAUAGAAGCUGUGCCCAAAUUGCAUAUGUCUGAAGAAGUUAUCGUUGGUUUUGCUAUAUCCAUAUUAUCGCAUCAUGACCAAACCAUACGGCGUGAAUUAAAUGCGAACAUCAUUUCCACACGUUCUCAACUGUGCCGAAUAUUGCGUGGAAUUACUUUAAAACGACGACAUGAUGAAACUGAAACUGAUGAUAACAAACGCCUGCGUCCCUCUGUCAAUCAUAAACCAACAGCGCGUCAAGAGGAUAAACGUCUUCCUAUUUGUUAUAUUUGUUCGAAGAGUGGAUACCUUGCUAACUCCUGUCCUGAGAAGAGAGAAAACAAAGGAAAGUAUAUCACGAAGGAAGUGAACUUAUGCGAUAGAAAAGCAGCUCAAGGUAUAUUGGACAUCUCUGGCAAAAGUUUUCCUUUUAUUUUUGAUUCUGGUUCCGAAUGUUCGCUCAUGAAAGAGAGUGUAGCGUCGAAUAUUAAUGGUAAAAUCACUCGAAAUCGAAUUAUUCUUGUAGGCAUUGGAAAAUCAGACAUUGCUAGUGUGAAACAAAUUCAAACUGAAUUAGAUACUGAUUUGUUUGGAGAUAACAAAGAAACCCUCUUGAAUAUUUUGUCGCGUUAUUCUACUCACUUUGUAGAGGGAAUACCUAUCACUCGUGUUAAAACAGGUGAGAUGCGAAUUGAACUUAUAGAUCCUCACAAAACUGUUCAAAGACGUCCCUAUCGGUUGUCACCAUCAGAGCGACAAAUAGUAAAAGAUAAGAUUCAAGAACUUUUGAAUGCUAACAUUAUCCGGGAAAGUAAUUCACCUUUUGCUAGUCCUAUACUAUUAGUGAAGAAGAAAGACGAAACAGAUAGAAUGUGUGUUGACUACAGAGAAUUGAAUGAUAAUACUCGAUCUGAUCAUUAUCCUCUUCCCCGAAUUGAUGAUCAAAUUGAUAGACUUUACGGUGCACAUUAUUUUACAUCACUUGACAUGGCCUCUGGGUUUCACCAAAUUCCAAUUCAUGCGGAAUCGAUAGAGCGUACGGCAUUUGUAACUCCGGAUGGCCAAUUUGAAUAUCUUACUAUGCCUUUUGGCCUUAAAAAUGCACCGCCUGUUUUUCAACGAUCUAUAAAUAAAGCUCUGAAAGGAU